AUGCAACUUGUUGAUUCGUUUGAAGUUCCUUUAAAGCCCUUACUUACACCUCAUAAUCGAACUAUCAGAAGAGUUAAAUGCAGCAAAAAUGGAUUAUUAGCUUGUUGUAGUUUCGAUUCAACUGUCAGUCUAUGGGAAUUAAAUGAAAAUACUAUAAUUGGAACAUUAGAAGGUCAUGAGUCGGAAGUAAAAUGUGUUGAUUGGAGUUUUGGGUCAAACAUGGUUGCUACUUGUUCAAGAGAUAAAUCAGUUUGGUUAUGGAAAUCGUAUUCUGGAAUUGAUUAUGAAUGUUGUAGCGUCUUAACUGGACAUAAUGGAGAUGUUAAAACAGUAUUAUUCCAUCCAUCAGGGACAAUACUAUUUAGUGGUUCAUUCGAUGGAACAAUAAAAGUUUGGAAAGGAGAAGAAGAAACUGAGUGGAGUGAAUUACAGACAGUUCAAGCAUACGGAAAAACUGUUUGGGACUUAAAAAUAACUAAAGAAGGUAAGUUUAUAGUUGCUGGUUGUGCUAAUGGAGUGAUUAUAUUAUAUGAAUUUAAAGACAACCUCUUAGUAGAAUUAGAUACAAUUAAUAAUGAAAAGUAUAGGGAUAUUUAUUCUAUUGAUAUAAAUGACAAUAAUGUUUUAGUAGGGUCAGGAGAUAAUGCAAUCAGAUUAUUUAAAAUAAACACUAUUAAGAAAAAGUUAGAACUUAUUGAAGAAAAACAGGAGGCCCAUACCAAUGACGUAAACUGUGUCAAGUGGAUCAAUAAAACUCUAUCAAUUUCUGUAGGAGAUGAUAACAUGCUGAAAAUCUGGAAAUUUGUCAAUUAA